UCCCUUACAUUAUAGCCCUAGGAACGCCUGGCGGAACAGUAUACAAAACUAGUAAAGAAAUCAAAGAAGUAGCAGAGUACAAGAAUUCCAAAUUCAACGUUAGCAAUAAAUCAAACUGGAUAUCCACGUCGCAAUGAACUACGCCGUGGAUUCUGCGGCUAUGAGUAGCCUCAUUGAAGAUGCCAGCGAUCUGGUCGACAGCUUUGGCGAACUGAUCGUCCAGAUCGAUGCGCUGUUGCAGGAUGCCCACAUACUCGAUUCCGAAAUUGUACACUCGUUCAAGUACCGGAACGAGCAGCUCAUCAAGCAUCUGGCUGAGCACAGCAAGGACGAGACGACGGCGCUGGUGCUGCGCGAGAACCUGGACCUGAAGGCCACUGUGGAGGAGUACCAUGACAGCAUUCAGAUGAUCGUCGACAAGUACAAGGAGCACUGCCAGGGCGACAUGCUGUUGGAGAGCUACAACAUUCGUGAGAAGUACAUGGCGGGUCUCAAGCUGAUUGUCAACGGGCAGGGAGAGCGCAUCGAGAGCAUGUUCGAUGUGAUCAAGGCCCUUGCCCAUAUGAGGGACCUGGAGGGCGAGGAGAACCAGGAGCUGAUUCGCCGUCUCUGUGGCGAGAACGAGAUGAUGCGCCGCCAGCUGCAGGUCAGCCAAUCCGGCUCAGUAUUCAGCCAGGGACCCAACGAGACCAACGAGAGUGCCACGCAGUUCGAUCAGACCGACAGGACACCGGAUGAUACCAGCAUAGACAGCUUCUUGUCGUGUCUGUCCAAUGGCAGCGACGAGAGCAAUUCCUCCUCAAGCAGCUCCUCCUCGGUGAUCAGUCAGGUGGAGGUCAAUCGCUUCAUAUCACAGGCCCUAAGCAAGGUCACCGACGAGUCGGACUCUACGAGUUCCAGCAGCGAACUGGAAUAAAUCAUCUACACUGAACCCUACCUGCCAGACGCAGCCCACUCACAAAUGUUAAA